AUGUUUUUUAAUGUUGCAUUCAGAUGGCUAGAUAGGGCAUCGAUUUCUGAUGGAAAUGCCGGAAACUGGCACCUCUGUAGCGUUAGCCAAGUAGAAGGAAUGAAGAUUGUACUACGAAUGCUCCCAGUGUUUUUCAGCUCAAUGAUCGGCUACAUAUCCCUCCCGUUACUCCUAACAUUAACUAUCCAGCAGGGUGUCACCAUGAAUACCAAAUUGGGUGCAAUUCACGUACCACCAGCGUCUCUCUUUCUUAUUCCCGUCGCGUUCCAGUUAGUGAUACUAGUCUUAUACGAUCGGUUAAUGGUACCAUUCGCCCGUAAAAUUACAGGGUGCCCAACUGGGAUAACUCACUUGCAGCGUGCUGGUGUUGGUUUUGUGGCUAAUAUUAUAGCGACUGUUAUUGGGGCAGUCAUUAAAAAGAAACGGAAGGGUGUGGCAGAGGAAUAUCGAUUGCUUGAUUCAGGGAAACCAGUUCCUAUGCAUGUUAUGUGGUUGGGUCUCCAAUUCUUUGCUGUAGGCAUAGUUGAUAUAUCAACAUUUGUUGGGUUGCUCGAGUUUUUCAACAAUGAAGUGUCCAAAGGGAUGAAAUCGUUGGGGACUGCUAUAUUCUGGUGCAAUAUAGGUAUGUCUUCUUUCAUGGGGACUGUUCUUGUCAAUGUAGUGAAUAAAGCUACUAGAAAUCGAGGGAUUGGAUGGUUAGAGGGAAAUAACUUAAAUCGAAACUAUCUCGACCGGUUCUAUUGGUUACUUGCUAUCCUUGGUUCUGUAACUUUUAUAAACUAUUUGUACUGGGCAAGGAGGUAUUUCUCAAACUUAGCCAUACUUGCUGUCCAACCCAAUAAGGUUGCUAUUGAAGUACAAGAAAGAUUACUAGUUUUGCACUGCUAUGAACCUCCUCCAUUACGCAAGUUUCAACUCUGUCUGUCAGAGUUUUACUUUGUGGAUACUUUUUCAUUAAGCAUUCAUUUACUCAACCGUUUGACUUUAACCAUUUAG